UUUCCCGACCCAUUCCAUCAGAAUCUACAAACAUGCAAUCACUCAAAUAUAUCUUCUGCCUCUCCCUCCUCUCCCCACUGGCAACCGCCCAAUCCUCCAGCCAGGCUAACUGCACCGUCUUCAACUGGGACCACAAUGAAGCCUACCUGAAAACCUACCCUCCCCAGCGUGUCUCCGCCGCGGAGACCUGCUCCAGCGGCACAAACCUGACAUGCGCCCUCACGGCCGCCGGCGACGCAAGCUACACCGCCCGCACCAACCUCACCAGCCUCUCCGUCACGACGUUCGCAACAGUUGUCAACGAGACGGUAGGAAAUGCGACACUGACCGAGGAGUUCAGUGACUCGACCGUGGGUGCGAUCGACGGCACGCGCCUGCUCCGCCCAGGCCAGUCGGCCUAUCUGAACUUCACGGCCUACCAGUACUGCUACACGGGCACGGUGGAGGGCUGCACGUCCGGGGUGAACAAUCAGACGGCGGUGGAGGCGUGCGCGCCGCUGUACCAUACCAGUGCGGAUGAUUCGGUGGUGAUGGAUGGGUUUCUCACAGUUGUCAAUGUGAGUCAAGGGCAGGUCGGGCAGUUCAAGGAUCCGUAUGAGAAUCAGCAGCGCGGGGAGGGGGGAGUCGUCAGUGUGGGAAGGGCUGGGUGGGGGGUUGUGAUGGUUGGGAUUUUGGGUGUUUUGGUGGUUUAAUGUGAAGUAGGAUAUGCUUUCUUCAUCUUGUAUCGCUUUAAUGAUGGUUGGUCUGGUUCAAGAUCAGAUGUGAAAUGCCAUUGUCUUGCUUGUUUUUCGGGAUUGCAGCUUGGCCAACCCGCCGUCAAGCCACAGUGAGGCACUCUCGACAUAUC